AUGGAGCGAGCUAAUUACGCGUUACGUACACUUCUAUUACGUAUCGAUCAGCAAUUAACCAAUGACGAACGACGAGAUCUAUGUUUUCUUGUCGGCUGUGAAGACGUUCCACGUCGGAUUCUUGACCCUGUUAUAAAAGACAGUGCAGCGCCAAUGAUCGAGGUGUGGGAAGCAUUGUUCGAUCGGCGAAAAAUUACAACUGGCAAUGUGGAUUAUCUAAUCGAACGUUUAACGCGAAUAAAUCGCUUAGAUUUAGCUGAAUUGUUGAAAAACUUCUGCCCAUUGCCCUUUUCAUUAUCAACUCGUCCGUUACCACAAAUGGCAGGUCAAGUGGAACAACAAGUAGCAAUGUCAACUGGAUUUGCACAAGUCGAUCUGUAA